AUGAUGUCAGACAAAAAAUGCUACAGAAAUGUAACAGAAUUUCUACUCCUUCGCUUUUCUGAUUUCCGUUAUGUACAUCAACUUUCUAUCUUCGUGUUCCUUUGCUCUGCGUAUAUUUUCACUUUGUUGGGUAAUGGCCUGAUUAUUGUAACAGUGACUUUAAGCUCUUGUCUACACACCCCAAUGUAUUUCUUCUUAAGGAACUUAUCACUCAUUGAGCUUUGCUUCAUCACAGUCACUAUUCCCAAAGCAAUAUAUAUCUUCAUGUCUGAGAUAAUGUCCAUCUCUCUGUUGGGUUGUGCUUUCCAGAUGCAGGCAUUUGUUUCUGUUGGUGCCUCUGAGUGCCUUUUCCUUGCAGUGAUGGCAUUUGAUAGAUAUGUAGCCAUCUGCCAUCCAUUAAGAUACAUGACUGUUUUGAGCCCUAAAAUGUGCUUCCACUUAACAAUUUUAUCGUGGGUAGUAGGAAUUUUUGUUUCUUUUGGAGUUACCAGUUCUAUAUUUAGUGUGCCUUGUUGUUAUUCCAACUGUAUCCUCCAUUUCUUCUGUGACAUUGCUCCAGUGCUUAACCUUGCCUGUGUCAAUACAUUCAAGAAUGAAAUGACUGUUUUUAUUAUUUGCAUCUUGGUAGUUGUGAUCCCAUUCCUUGCUAUCUUGUGCUCUUACAUUAACAUACUAUGCUCUGUAGGUCUCAUUCAAUCUGCAAAGGGACAUCACAAAGCAUUCUCGACAUGUGGAUCCCAUCUGAUGUCUGUUAUUCUUUUCUAUGGCACAAACAUGUUUGUUUAUUUAAGGAUAGGAACUCAAGGUUCUACUGGCCAUGACAGAAUUAUUGCUCUUGUUUAUUGCAUUAUAAUACCAGCCAUAAAUCCAUUGAUCUACAGCUUGAGGAACAAAGACAUGAAACAAUCGGUGAGCAAACUACCACAGGUUGUACGUGCUUAUGGUAACACCUGGUAA